UUGACUUUGGGGGGUAGGGGCAAAACAUGUUGAAAUGUCUGUCAUUUUUAGCUUAGAAUCAUUAAUUGAUGUCUAAUAUUUAGUUUAAAAAAAGAUUUAAAAAAAUUAUUCACCUGCAUACUUUAAACUUAAAAUAAAGUUACGUCUCAACGAAAUUAAAAAAAUAGUGUCUGCAAAUAGGUCACGGAUAUCUCCCUCAUAACUAUCUGUUAAUUGUAGUUUUUGUUGUUGUUGUUGUCGCAUUUUCCCCGAUAUUUUAGGUGAUAAUCGAUCCAAACCAAGAAAAACUGGGAGGAAAAAAAAGUUUAAAAGGAUAAAUAUUUAAAAAGCAAAUCUCGACCACUCCUUAUUAUCUGUGACUUCCGCGUCGUGACCCUUGUUAAAUUACCGUGUUUCACCCAUAAAAUCCCCACAAAGUCAGGCUGUGGCUAUUCACAGCUGUAUCUUGACACUCGGUGAUACAUGCUACAUGGAGUUUUCGGAUCGAAACAAGGUAAAUGCGUGAUAAUAUCUCGUUAAAAUCAGCGUGUCUGAAAUGAUGCUCGCACCUCGAGUUAACGGAAAGCCACAAAAAGAUGUAUAUUGCAGUCAAACGCUAGCGCAAAAAUUAUGGACACAGCAGGCUAACUGACUAGCGUGCUAUCCAUUAUCUUUUCGACCGUUGCUGCUGUUUGGAUUGCAUAUUAUAGGUCCUUGGCUUCAAGGCUAAAUACAAAAAAAAAAUAGAUAAUGUUUUGUACUCACAUUUAUAUGUUCUCGUUAUGCAUAUGGAACCUUUUAUUCUGAUUCAAAACAAUCAUGAAUUCACAUUCUGUAAUCAUAAUUGGAAAAAAAUAAUAGCCCACUGCAAAAAUUAAAAUAUUAUGGUAUUGGAAUUUAAGCCCUAAAAUUCGCCUGGAAAUGUUUUUUCUGUGCCCUGAUUAAAAUCAAGCCAAAAUAAAAAACGUAUGCAGUAAAGUUAGCAUUAACUACACAGCUAACUCCCGGUUUAGCCAUGUUUAUUUACAAAAUAAAACACAGAGCUAAAUUAAAUCUACAUUUACUCAAUGUCCUUUAUUUUUGAACAUUCACCCACAUGUCUGAAGGCCGAGUUAUACUUCCACGUCAGACCUGCGCCGUCAAGGAAGACCGGAGUUACGACCCUGCGCCGUAGCCUGACGUGCUCCUCUCGAAUUUUCGAACCUUCGCGUCGCGUAGUGUAUGACGUGGCAGAAACGGACUGUGAUUGAUCCGCUCAGGCUGUUGUUUCCGGUUCAGCGCGAGAUCACCGCCAUUGUAGAAUAGAAUCAAAUAUUAUUUUCUACACGCAAAAAUGGACCAAGCCGACACGAGUAUCAUCGAAGAGCAAGUCUCAUCAAGACAUUAUUGUGAUUGCCAAAUGGCAAGGUCGGCGAUUGACAAAAAAAAUUUUUUUUAAAUGGAAGAACCACCGAGACGUGUGUGUUCGGAAUCGAGUGGCCACACGAAGCGGUGACCACGUCGGUUACAGUAAAAUAUGAUGAAGGUUUCAGGCAAUGGAUUUUGUUCACCACUUGUGGUGGUGGUCCUCUCCCCAGACACCAAGGAGGAAACUGUUGCAUGGCUACUGAGGAGGAUGAGAGAAAAACAGCAGGAUGGGGGCACUUUAACCGGUCUUCUUAUGAUCAAGGAUUUGCCAAAAAGUGCUGAACUGCUUGUGGAUCCACUGGGCUCUAAGGUUGAAGAGAAAGAAAACCCAAACAUCUUUCUUGUGACAGCCUCGUGGCAAAGACUACUCACUGGUGCUGAAGAUUUGGGUCUUUUCAAGGAGUUUAAUGAUGGCUCCAUGAGGAGUUUUACAUUCAUCAACAGACACAACUUUAAAGAAUUUCAUGGGGAUGGUGACGGCUUUCUCAGCAUGGCAGAGUGUCAGUACAUCAUUAAACAUGAGUUGGAGACGUUACGGGCUAAAGAUGAGACACAUGUUCCUGGAUAUGCACAAGCUAAGCUGUACCCUGGGAAAUCGAUUAUUCGGAGACUUCAAUCUAAAAAAAUAAUGAUCCAAAUGUUUCCACUGCAUGACAAAGAAGAACUCAAGAGACUAUCUUUUAAGUGGUACAAAAAGGUCAAGACAUCACUUCAACCUCUUGACAACAUCAGACACUACUUUGGAGAGGGUCUGGCUCUCUACUUUGCGUUCCUGGAAUACUUUACAAUGGCGCUUGUGCCUCUGGCCCUUCUUGGGCUGCUCUAUUGCCAAUUUGACUGGGAGAAUUAUGACAAAUAUGUUUUCUUUGCUGUUUUCAAUCUCAUCUGGUGCACUGUGAUCCUAGAGUUAUGGAAGAGGUGCAGUGCUUCUCUAGCCUAUCAUUGGGGCACGCUGAGCAGAAAGAAGGUGUUUGAAGAACCAAGGCCUGGUUUCCAUGGGAUUCUUGGAUUCAACCCAGUGACAGGGCGAGAAGAGCCUCUUUACCCCAACUACAAACGGCAGCUCCGUAUCUACCUUGUGUCCCUUCCCUUUGUCCUGCUCUGUCUCUACCUGUCCCUCUACGUCAUGAUGAUAUACUUUCAGAUGGAAGGAUGGGCUCUAAUGCUUUAUGACAAGGAUCCUACUUUUUGUACAAAACUAUUUUUGUACAUUCCUGGUAUUAUAUAUGCAGUGGUUAUAGAGAUUAUGAAUCUCAUCUAUAGAUAUGCUGCCGAGUUCCUGACAGAAUGGGAAAACCACCGGCUUGAGUCUUCCUACCAGAAUCACUUGGUCCUCAAAGUAUUAGUGUUCAACUUCUUAAACUGCUUCGCCUCGCUGUUUUACAUUGCUUUCAUAAUGCAAGACCUUGUGCUGCUCAGACAGAAUUUGGCAACCUUGUUGAUCACCAGUCAAAUCAUUAAUCAGUUCAUGGAAGCUUUCCUCCCUUACUGGCUUCAAAGGGGACGCAAUAAAAUGAUGAUGAUGGAGAUACCUUUGAAUGAGCAGGUGCGGAUGGAAAUUCACAUGAGCACUUACUUGGGUACAUUUGAUGACUACCUGGAGUUGUUCCUCCUGUUUGGUUACAUCAGUUUAUUUUCCUCAGUUUAUCCUCUGGCUGCAGUUUUGGUAGUUUUGAACAACAUCACUGAGAUUUACUCUGAUGCAUUCAAAAUGUGCAAUUUGUAUAAACGACCGUUUUCAGACCCAGCUGCAAACAUCGGGAUCUGGCAGCUUGCCUUUGAAGCCAUGAGUGUCAUUGCUAUUGUGACCAACUGUACACUUAUUGGCAUGUCUCCUCAAGUCAGAGCUUACUUUCCCGACUCAGAAAUGCAUCUCAUGCUGUGGACAGUGGCUAUUGAGCAUGGGUUACUGGCGUUCAAGUUUAUCGUGGCUUUCCUGGUUCCAGAUAUACCCAAACACAUUCGGAUCAACCUGGCUCGUCUGGAUUUUGAAUCAAUGGAGGCUUUAAAAAAAAAGAAAAUGUUUGAAUUUCCAGUGAUGAGAAGAGUUGCCGGGGAAAAAGAAUGAAGUACGAACAUGACUGACUCAAAUGACGACCUUUAUUUCUGGAAGGCUGACUUCAAAAUAUCGUUGCCAUAACAUGAAACUGUAAUAAACCAAAGAAUUAAAUGGU